GUUCACGUCUAUAGACGGCAAACAAAACGAUCGGCACAAAGAGAUGGAUUUCAACCGCCCAGAGCCUUUAACACAUGGGUCAAGGGAGACAAUCAUGAUUUCGUUGUAAACUUUGAACUUGCCGGACCCGUGAAAACUGUGUACAUUCCGCAUGAUAAUGGACUGAAACAUAACACCGUUACGCACUGUAUUAACCUGUACAAGGAUGCAGAACGAAUGGCUCACUCUAUGGUAGACACGUGUUCAAACCAUCCCAACAUAACGGUGCUGAUAGCUGAGAUAGGUCAUCGGGAUGGCCCAUUGUAUGCACUCCCGGUCGGCUCGGGGGACAUCCUGGCGCUGGGACUCUACAAGUCGUCAGCUAGUGUCAGUUCCGACGAAGAUAGCCCGAACUCAGUGGAUGCUGCGAAGCCAGGAAGUCAGAAGUUAUCCGGAAGAGAUACGGUGAACGGAAACGAAAAGUUUAAUGGUAGUGAAACGGUCAUCGGGAGUCAAACCGGAAGUCAAGCGGCAAGCGCAUUUCAAGCGGCGGCAAUACAGUAUCGUGAGAAGCGAGAAACCGGCUCUUAUACAGUGAAACUGGUUUUGGUCAUUGACUACAGUCGUUAUAAGUUUUGGUACGAGCUCACCCCAGCCAACAUGUCAGCAGACGGCCGAGACAGACAGGCGCUGUCUACCAUGGAAACGUUCUAUGUCUUCCAUGUCAACGGAAUAGACAUGCGGUACAGAAGCCUCGCGUCAUAUGGCCUUGACAUUGCAGUCAAACUGGUUGGAAUCUAUGUGCUCAAGUCGGAAGCUUCGUUUGUUUAUCAUGUGGACAACUCAAUGCCCCGAGGAAAAGUUGCCGUCGAAACCCUACUGCCCGACUUCCAGGCGUGGAUCGCCAGCAAACGGUCUGAUGAUGCGUCAUUUCCGGUUGGAGAUCACUACAUGUUUCUAACGAGUCACGACCUUGCAUUAGCAAACAACACAGAAGCCGCGGGCUACGCCCAAGGCAACUCCAUGUGUUCGAACAUGUCUACAUCAUUGGUCGAGGAACGUUUCAACUUCCUAUCCGUUACCAUAGAAACGCACGAACUAGGUCACGCUCUGGGUGGUCGCCACGACGGGGACAACAAUGUUUGUUCCAGCGACGACGGAUACAUCCUUUCGGCAUCCAAUGCAAUCAUGUCAGCGUCCAAGGCCCGCAACCCCUGGGGAUUUUCAAACUGCUCCGCAAAAGACAUCGGAGCAUUUUUAGCGUCGCAUGCUUUCAAAUGUUUGCUGAUAGACGACAAAGCUUCGGUGCUGAACAUCACUGACCGGAAGUAUCCGGGACAGACUUACAGCCCUGACGAUCAGUGUCGACACGCGAUUGGCCAGAAUUCCGAAUUUUUAAGGAGCGCGCACGUAGGCGCCUUUGCCGACAUAUGUACCGGCAUGUCCUGUACCACGGAUAGCGUACAGCUUCUACGCAACGUCCUUCCGGCGGAUGGGACAUCAUGUGGAAAUCGUAAGUGGUGUGUCAACGGAACAUGUGUGACGUCCAAAGAGGCUGAGGCAAAAAACGAUGCUUGCAUAUUCGGAGACCAGCCCGGGGAGAUGGUUCCCGGAACCACGUGUUCAGACCGGGUCAGCGCUUUUCUAGGCAACUGUUACCACGAGGAAACGCGCGCACCUUGCUGUACGACGUGUUCGCAACGCAAACUGGACAUCGCAGGCUGCGAGUUCGGUGACAGAUCGAACUGUAGCGCCAUACGCCGAUGGCAGUGUUAUAAUGAGACCCUUCGAACCGUGUCCUGCUGCAAAACUUGUGCCGACUUUCGGGGAAAUAUUUCAGGCUGCGAAUACGGGGACAGUUACGACGGAUGCCAACGUGCAUCCUCCGCCUGUGUAAACUACCCACAAGAGUGCUGUGACACAUGUCGCUCCUCCAACGCCAGAUCCCCUUCCGGCUCAACACAGGCCACUACCGCUGUGACCUCUAAGGGAGCUUCCGGUACAACUCAGAAAAGUGAUGGCGGGGACACAUUACCUGAGUGGGUGGUUCCGGUGGCAGCAGGUGGAGGCGGUGCAUUGGUUCUAUGCAUCGUUGUUGCCGUCGUGUGUUGUUGCUGUUGUCGGCGUGGGCAACAGAAGGAUUCGCGCGGACAUUCCGCCAGCAGGAGCGGAAGACCGGACGGCAGAUAUAAUACAAGACCCAGACAGUAUCUGCAUGGUGAAUAUCGCGGUGGCGGUCAACCGGGUAGCAGACGGCCAGACGACUUCCGGUACCACGGUAGACACCGUUACUGAGGCUACUCCAUAGACAAGAGGGCCAUGAUGGCCCUGAAUCGCUCACCUGACUAACCUUGCUACAUCAACUUAAAUUCUAUCAGACCCAUAUACAAUCCCAAGCCAGAUUUCAUUAAUUAAUACAUUCUGACAAAUUUCAUUAAGACGUGAUGAAAACUGUGACCUCUUUCAUCUACACAAAGUUUUACUAGAAUUGGCCCAGUGACCUAAUUUUUGACCCCCGAUGACCCAUAUACGAUCCAAAAUAAAAUAUUAUCAAGAUAAACAUUCUGACCAUAUUUACAUUUUUCAGUUUUUAUACGCCCGUCUAUGACGGGACGUAUUAUGGUAUACCCCGCGUCUGUCCGUCCGUCCGUCUGUCCGUCCGUCCGUCUGUUAAUGUCGUACGCUACGUCAAAUAUCCUUUGACAGAUUUUCUUCAAAUUUUAACACAAUCUUAAUAUUGAUAAACCCUGAUCCCCUUUCGUUUUUGACGGAAUUCUGAAUUGUCGUUCCAGAGUUAUGGGACUUUGUUCGUCAAAAUUUCGUGAUUUCAUUGAAUGUCCUACUGUAGCUCAAAUAUCCUUCGAUGGAUUUUUUUCAAAUUUCAACACAAUCUUAAUAUUGAUAAACCCUGAUCCCCUUUCGUUUUUGACGGAAUUCUGAAUUGUCGUUCCAGAGUUAUGGGACUUUGUUCGUCAAAAUUUCGUGAUUUCAUUGAAUGUCCUACUGUAGCUCAAAUAUCCUUCGAUGGAUUUUUUUCAAAUUUCAACACAAUCUUAAUAUUUAUAAACCCUGAUCCCCUUUCGUUUUUGACGGAAUUCUGAAUUGUCGUUCCAGAGUUAUGGGACUUUGUUCGUCAAAAAUUGAACAAGGUGAGCUUUUUUCUAUUCCGAUUGUACACUACCACUUACCCAUCUACAUUUCUGUAUUAUUAUUGGUCAAAAUAUCUAUAACAGGUUUACUUCAACUCCAUAUCCUCUAAAGAAAUGCAUACAUAUACUCAAAAAAAGAUAUGGUAUGAAUGUCAAGGAGACGGCGCUCCAUGCUCAUGUACUUAUAAAAUAAACCAUGUAUUCAAAUACAAAUAAACUGAAGUAAAAAAAUGA